UAUCUUUCUUUCUCCUUUUCUUUCUCCCCUUCCUUUUUGUUUUUUUCUUUUUAGCUAACUGUCUAAUAUGGUUUGGCCAUUUCGAAAUGAGGUCAAGAGAUCUCAACAAGAAUCUUCUUCUAUAGUGGGAGGAAAAAAAGCAACAGAGGAAGAAUUAGCACUGACAGGCAAUAGUAUGAAUAAACAAGAAGAGGAAGAAAGUGAUGAAUUUGUUGGAAAAUAUAAACAUGCUCCUCAGAGACGAGAUGAAGAACAACCUAUGGAUUUAGGUGAUUUACAGGAUAUAUUCAGUUUUAGUUUUAUGAAGGGAAGAACGAUAUGGAAUUUCUUUCUUGCUAUAUUAUGGAGUAUUGGACUACCUAUUUUACUUUAUCAUAUUUUGAAGCCUUAUAUUGGUCAAGUACUUGCUAUGAUUACUGCUUCUGCACCUCCACUAGCCAUUGUUAUUAUACGCAUGGUAAAGGAUAGUACUUUUGACCCACUAGGGUGUGUGGCUGGUGUCAGUUUUCUAAUUUCCGGAAUUUUGUCUAUUGCAGAACCAGAUGAAAAAGUGUCAGCUAUAUGUGAAGGGCUCGUACCCCUUUUUAUAGGCGUUUGCUGUAUGAUAUCCGUGAUACCUAUUAAGAUAGGAAAAUAUGAAUUUAAACCAUUGGUAUUUCAAUUUACAAAUCAAGUUAUGCCUAGAAAUGAAGAAGAAGAGCUUCAAAAGCAAGAUGACUAUCGAUUAACGAAUAUUCAGAAAGGAGAACAAGGACGAAAAAAACUAGACUAUUUCUAUGAUAACAUGGCCAAGUUUCGACAUGAUAUGCGAUUCAUGACGGUUACUUGGGGGGCAUUACUGAUACUAGCUUUUAUUAUUAAAGUCGUUAUUGUAAUGACAAGCACAGAUAUAUGGAAAGCGCAAGUCUAUGGUUAUAUCUUGUUUGGUUUAACUACUUUCUUUAUGAUGAUUUUUACUUGGUUUUAUACUAAAAUUGUGAAAGGUCAUAUUAUAUCACAAAUUACUUUUUGGAAAGAAGAACAAGAAUAUAAGCCCUUGGAUAAACGAACAGAGACAGUACAGAAUGUGAAUUGGGGUAUUCACUCUAUGUCAAAUGCAUUUGGUCAAGUUGCAGGUUAACCUCUGUCUAUUUAUCUACUUAUUCCAUACCCUUUUGUCUAUAAUAAUCACUAAAUAAUUUAAAAGCUUAUAAUGUGAGUCUCUAUACUCAAAGAUAUAUAUAUAUAUAUAUAUAUAUA